CCAACUAAACAGCAACGUCGAUGGAAAGUUCUUGGUGGAUGGAGUACCCUUCAGCUGCUGCAACCCAAGCUCCCCACGGCCCUGCAUCCAGUACCAGCUGACAAACAACAGUGCUCACUACAACUACGAUUUUCUGACAGAAGAGCUCAAUAUCUGGGUGAAGGGGUGCAGAGAGGCCCUGCUGGAUUACUACACAGCUAUUAUGAGAUCCAUUGGUAUUGCAGCAUUGCUUAUUUGGUUGUUUGAGCUCUCUGUACUUCUUGGUGUCCGGUACCUACAGACAGCAAUGAAGAACGUCCUUCUGCUAGGAGAUUUGGAGGGCGAAUCAGAUGGCUGGUUACUAGAAAACAGCUUUGUGGAAACUGCCAAAUACAACAUCAAUAUCAUCAAGAACCUCGGCAAAGCCAAUCAGAUCUCCGCUGUCUCAGGCAUGAACGACCCCAACAUUGAUGUUCAAAAUACAAACUGUGGCAAAACCAAUGUUACAACAAAAUCUAUCCCAGCAGCUAGCUAG